AUGAUAGUUUCUAUAGAAUAUGCUCGCGAAGUAUAUCUCCAAAUUGUCAGCGGAGUUAGAUCGUCAUCGCAACCGCUGCUUAUACUGGUGUCCCCCGACGUGGACUCGUUAUGCGCAGCCAAAAUAUUGAUCUCUGAAUUUGUUUUGUUUGACCUGAUUGUAUUGUCAUCUUUUUUGGAAUUGUCCGAAAUUAAUGAAAAGUACUUUGAGCCCCUGCAGGAUAUUGUAAAUAAUAACCACGAAUCGGAUCCAGCCUCAUCGCACUCUGAAGGUGAGGUAUCUGAACAUCAUAGCGAUGAUGAAUGCACAGAAAAUCUGCCAAAUGCCCAAGAAAGAGGUACAAUGGCAAACGGCACAAUGGCAAACAGCACAAUGGCAAACGGCACAAGGGUAAACGGCACAAUGGCAAACAGCACAAUGGCAAACGGCACAAGGGUAAACGGCACAAAGGCCGAAGCCGAGGUAAACUCAUACUAUGACCGGGAAACUGGCGUUGGCGUCUCCGCAUCAUGCUUUAUUUACAGCAUUGCCUCUCAGCUCGUCAAAACCAACAAUGAGCUUCUAUGGGUUUCCCUUUCCGAAGCAAACCAGCCUUACGUCUUUUUGGAGCCCUCCAUACGAAGAAGAAUCGCCUCACAAGUUGAAAAGAGCUUUACAGAAGAGGGCGUUGUAAACCCAACCAUCUCUGUUUUUAUCCGCAAAUUUUCGACAAAUAUAAAGUUCUCCGCAACUGACUACAUCCAUGCCAUUCAAGGCCUCCUUUGGUAUCCAUACACCAAAAGAAAGGAUAAAGAAAGAAAUGUUGCCAGAAGCAACUUUCUGCUAUCUUUGGGCAUUUUUUCUGGGUAUCUCCAGUUUUUUAUUUGUAGCAAAAACUCGCAUUCCAUUUUAGAACGAGGACUUAAACUAUCAAAGGCGCAUUUGGAGCGUAUCCAUAGAACAGCAUCCAUGCUUUUGUCAAACAAAACGAUAAAGACCAUAAAAUCCUUCAAGCUGUGUGUCCUUCCUCAUGACCAAACAGAAGCCAGCCCUUCCAUUUCAAAAGACGACACUGGAAAGGAAAUCGCCAGUCCCCAAAUUGACUGGUGGGCAAGCAAUUCUGCAUUGGCCUCUUUGUCCCUGUUUCUAUGUGAAUAUUGUAAUAUGCCUCUUUUGGUGGCCCAUUUUAUCAGAGGUGCAUCAAUGUAUAAUGUUGUCGGAUGUGCGCCUAAACACCACAAUUUUGUGCCGAAAAUGUAUUUUUGCAUCACUCACGCUAGAUCGUUCGGAUCUGCAUUUAAAAAGGCAGCCCUGGACACGGGCUCUUCAGUUAGAACAGAUGGCAUCGAAAAUGCCUGGGCCAUCCAGGUUGCCUCAAAAGAUCUUUCUCGCUUCAUGCAAAGGUUACAGUUUUAUUUCCCCCUAACAGAACCACGCAAUAAACCCAAAAAAUAG